AAGUAACUCACUCCUUUUCUCGACUCUCAUUUCAUUCUCGCUCGCUGCCAUGUCGGGCGUAGACCAGCAGACCGCAACGUCUGCUACGACAGCCACCUUCGUCACCGCCCUUGUCUUCAACGCGGCAGUCUUUGGAAUUGAGAUUGGCCUGUUCACAGUGCUACGUCCAUACUUCAAACAAAUCUAUGAGCCACGCACACAAGUUCCAAUUGAGAAGGACCGUGUCAAACCUCUCGAAGCUGGAAUUUUAACUUGGCCCAUCGCCCUAUUCAAGACAGACUAUCGUGAUGUUCAACAGGUCAAUGGAACAGACGCAUAUCUUUUUGUCCGAUUCCUGCGGAUGAUGAUUCGGGUUCUUCUGCCUAUCUGGUUGAUUUCUUGGAUCGUGCUGAUGCCUGUCACCUCUGUCAAUAAUUCGAUGCCUAACAAGACUGGACUGGAUCGUUUCAUUUUCGGAAACGUUUCUCCUGAUCACCAAGCUAGAUAUGCCGCCCACAUUAUCCUCGCCUAUCUCUUCACUUUUUGGAUUUACUGGAAUAUUAGGCGGGAAUUGCGACACUUCACCACAGUCCGUCAGCUGCACCUCGUCAAUCCUGUCCAUUCCAGAUCUGUACAAGCGAAUACGAUUCUUGUAACCGGAAUUCCUGCUAGAUAUCUUUCGGAGCCCGCACUUCGCUCGUUGUAUUCCAACCUUCCUGGUGGUGUGAAAAAGGUGUGGCUUAAUCGGGACCUGAAGAAGCUCCCGUCUAUCUACGACCGUCGCCUGGCUACUUGUGGAAAAUUGGAGUCCGCGGAGACAUCCUUGCUUUCAACGGCGGCCAAACUUCGACGAAAGGCACUGAAGAAGGAUAACGGCGCUGGCGAUGCAUCCCCUUCAGCUGACCCCGAGCGCAGUGUGACUUUGGCAGAACGUCUGGUUCCUCAGGAUAUGCGGCCUUCGCACCGUCUUCCAGCCGGUUUUAUGCCUUUCUCACUACCCUUCAUCGGCGAAAAGGUCGACACGAUUGAUUGGUGCAGGCGGGAGAUUGCUACUGCUACUGGAUUGUUGAUUAACGGACGCCAAAUUCUCGCCAAUGAAGGCCUUUCACUGCCAGAAGAUGUCAAUGGAGACGGAAAGGUUGACAAAAAGGAUCGAGCCAAGCAGACUUACCCACCCCUCAAUUCCGCAUUCGUAACUUUUAAUCAACAGAUCGCUGCUCACCUUGCAGUUAACGCCUUAACUCACCAUGAACCGUACUGCAUGGCCGACCGAUACCUCGAAGUUUCCCCUCCAGAUGUGAUCUGGGGUAACCUUGGGCUUAACCCGUACGAAAAGCGCAUUCGAAUGACGAUUAGCUAUGCUAUCACCGCAGCGCUGAUCAUCUUCUGGUCCAUUCCCGUCGCCUUUGUCGGUAUCAUCUCCAACAUCCAAGGUCUCUGCGUCCAGGAAUCUUGGCUCGCAUGGUUAUGUACACUGCCAAGCGUUGUCGUUGGAAUUAUACAGGGUAUUCUGCCCCCCGUGUUACUUGCCGUCCUGAUGAUGCUCUUGCCGAUUGUCCUUCGUCUCCUUGGGCGCUUUGAGGGUAUCCCGACACGCACAGGUCUCGAGUUGAGCUUGAUGACACGGUUCUUCAUUUUUCAAGUAAUCCAUUCAUUCUUGAUCGUCACAUUGAGUUCGGGCAUCAUUGCAGCUCUCCCAUCACUCCUUCAAAACCCCAGUUCGAUACCGAGUCUCCUGGCUCAAUAUUUGCCUCAAGCGUCGACCUUCUUCCUCACAUACAUUAUGCUUCAGGGGUUAUCUGGCGUAGCAGGAGGAUUUUUGAGUGCUGUUUCGCUCAUCCUGUACUACGUCAAGCUGUAUAUUCUAGGCAGCACACCUCGUUCCAUUUAUAACAUCAAACACGCACAGUCAACUGUCGCUUGGGGCACGUUAUUCCCGUCCGUCACUCUGCUCGUCGUCAUCACGUUUGCGUACUCCAUUAUCUCGCCUGUCAUCAAUGGCCUUGCAUGCUUUACGUUCUUCCUUUUCUAUCUCCUCUACAAGUACCUCUUCCUCUACCAGUACACGCAGCCGCCCUCGGCCGACACAGGAGGCUUGUUCUUCCCAAAGGCAAUCCAACACGUGUUCGUGGGGAUGUACGUCCAGCAGAUUUGUCUUUGCGCCUUGUUUUUCCUUGCGCAGGAUCAGAACGGGAAGCCAGGCGCGGUCGUAGAGGGUGCGCUCAUGGUCGUAUUGAUCGUUCUCACCGCCGGCUACCACGUCAUCAUGAACAACUCCUUCGGUCCGCUUACUAAGGCCUUUCCACUCAGUCUUGCGGACAAGACAUACAGGCAUCCAGAGCCUUCUCUGGAGCUACAGGACGUCCGUGGUGGGUCAGGCUCUAAGAGCAAGGAGCCAGUCGACGAGGAGCCUUCGCCGACUGACAAGCACCGCGCCGCGUCCUCGACCGAGUCGGGCGACGAGCAUGCUCCGCAGAAUGACUAUGACGAGGUGUUCUUCGCGCGUAGGCCAGACGGCACGGAGGAUUAUGGGUUUGCUCAACCGGCUGUGUCCCGCCCACAACGCAUUGUGUGGAUCCCUGAUGAUUCGCUCGCUUUGGGCCGUGAGGAGGUUCAGACGAAUAAGGAGUCGGGCGUUAAGGCGACCACUGAAAACGCGAAGAUGGAUGAGCACGGCAAGGUGGACGUGACGCACCCCCCUGUCGAUCUCGCAAAGUUCUGAGAGAUGAUCUGGAGCAGGAUUGAGGUUUCUUUCCUUGUUUUUGUGUGGUUUCUUGCCUCUUGUAGUGUUACACUGGUAUCCAUAUUUCAUUCAGCUUCUCUUGUGUUCCACGCCGCGUUUCACGCCUUAUUAUACGACCGAUAUUUACGCUGU